AUGGAGACAAAGCGUAUGUUUUGUGUUACUACAAUAUUCGUCUUGAUAAGCACACUUCAUGGGCAUGUCGGUUUGAACGUGUCCGCCUACGCCAGACUUCGUAACGAUCUUCUCUCCAGGGACGCUGUGAUUCACCAAGUUUCACCAAGAAGAGUAGAUCCCAAACAAAAUUUCACUAUAACUUUGAAUUUGGUAGGCUAUGAUAUCUUGGACAUCGAUCAGAUUAAACAGACGAUGACAAUAUUUUCAUUUAUGACCAUCAGUUGGAAGCAGGAGUAUCUGUCCUGGGAUCCUAGUUUGUAUGACAAUCAGACGGAUGUCAGUAUCGAGACGUCACUCUUAUGGAAACCGUACAUAUUUCUUCUCUUGGGUUACACAACUGAUUUCCGCCUGGACUAUCCAGAGAAGGCCAUAGUCGACUGGACCGGGCAAGUCGACGUCUACGUUGAUUUAUACAUUAACCUCCGGUGCGCCAUCGACUUCGUGAAAUACCCUUUUGACAGCCAGAUAUGCCGGCUGGGCUUGUACGCUUACGUCGACGACGCACAAAUCUUUAGGGCUAAAUAUAGAAUCGGAAAAUUCACUUUCCGCACGAAUGUUUUUAGCGAGAAUGGAGAAUGGCGAAUUCAGAAUUACAGCGGAUCUGUUACCAGGGACAUCAAUGACCAAACGUAUCCCAUUUUUGACGUGAAGUUGCAGCGUCGCCCUGGCUACUACGUCAUCACCGUGAUCACCCCGUUGCUGCUGACAUCGGUGAUGAUCUCUCUGGUGUUCCUGAUACCUCCAGGGAGCGGCGAAAAAAUUUCGUUUUUCGUCACGCUGUACACCUCUCUAGCGAUAUUCGUCAAUUUUGUCAGUAACGUCAUGCCACGUAAUGUGUCCAGCGCCCCCUAUCUGAUACUUUUGCUGAUUGGUGUCUCGAUACAAGGUCUCCUGGCCAACUUGGCAACUCUAUUUGUGGUCAAAAUGUACGAAAAACAAAAAGAUCAAAUGAAGAAAUCAAGUUCUGAAAGUAGAUCAUCGAAACAAACUAAUACAAUUCAUCCAGAGAAGAUAGCCGUUGUUACACCAGAAAACAGCGACCUGCCACUCAUCGUGGAAGAGAAGGAUGAGACAAAGCAACCAAAGAUGCCGCUCUGGUUUCGCCUGAGUCCAGGACAAUGGGACAACCUAUUCUUUCUUUGCUUCACUUCUGCACAAGUGCUGCUGAUGGGGACGAUUUUUGGUGCGACGGAUUGGUUAGCGGAUGCACCAUCACUUGCAUUUUAA